UGCCACAUCCGAUUUCAGAAAUGCCCUUGAAAAAUUCCUGUCAGACAGUGGGCUGAUCUCUACUUUUGUCGGAAAGGGUUUUAUUCUUUAAAUGUCCAAAUUGUUUCUAAUGACAAAGUGAUUUACUCAGUAGAUGCAGGUUGGUUUGGUUCAGCUCAUGAUGUGCGUGUCUGGAGACAAAGUCAGGCAAAAGCUGAUCUAGAGAACCAUGAAGAACCUCAUGAGUUCCUUCUGGCAGCUGACAUGGCUUACCCUAUAAGUCUCAAGGUACUCAAGCAUUAUGAGAGUCCAUCGACGCGUCAGGAGCAUCAUUUCAACAAGAUUCUCAAUGGUCUCCGCACUCUAAGCUCAGAAUGUGUAUAUGCAAGAUUAAAGCAGAGGUUUCCUAUCCUUAGAGAAAUGCGAUGUAACGUGAAAAACUCUCAGAGGAUAGUGCUUGCUUGCUGCAUACUUCAUAACAUGGCAGAACAUUCCUUUGACGAAGUACCUUUUGAGAUCGAUGAGAAUGAUCCUUUUGGCCGACCUCUUCCUAGAACUGAGGUGGACAUACCUCAGACUGUAAGACAGACUGAGAACUGCGCAAUCAUUGAAGCCCGGGCUCAGAGGGAUCGGUAUAAGGAAAUAGUAUGGAAUAAUCGUCAUAACCGUCAGUGUUGAAACCUAUAUCCUGUAAUCAGAUAUGUCUAGUCAAUUGAA